AUGUCCCACGCCCUCCUCACUCUCGCCGCCACCGCUGCCAUCCCCCUCACCACCCUCGCCUCCCUCACCAUCUACCUCGCCACAAACCCCGCCUCGCCCAUCACCGCCCUCUUCGCCCCCCAGCCCAUCGCCCUUCCCGUCCACAACGGCGAAGCCCUCGACGGCCUCCUCGACCAAAAGGACCCCUUUGACAUCCACGACCCCAUAGUAUGUGAAGACGGCACCCCAGUCGAGCCAGAGCGCUUCUGGGCAGCCAUGAGGAGGCGCAAGCUCGCCGUGCUCGUGCUCUACCUUCUCCCCCUCGCCUGCAACAUUUGCCUCCUCGCAUUCAGCAUCGUCUCCGACGCACAUAACGACGAGAGUCGACAAAGAAGUAUCGCCCUUUCCGUGCUGCUUCUUGCGUCCCAGGUCAUUACUCUGCUCCUCAGUUAUUGGCAUCUGGCGCAGCGUGAUGUGGCUUCUCACUGGGCGACGACCAUACAUCUGGCUGUCGACAUCUCCACCCAAUUCUUGGUCCUCGCAUUCCUCAGUCUUUUGCCCUCGUCUCCCCUCCCUUCGGACCCGGUAGUGCCCACGGCAUUCAACGCUCUCGCCUUUAGUAUUACCGAAUCGCCUGUCGGGCUGCUCAAGGCUCUUCUGCCCAUUCUCUACUUGCCUUCGCUGGUAGCCAUCCUUUCCGUCCGACGAGGCCCCCCUCUCUAUUUGCCGCUCGACGCCAUCUACCCAUCCAAGAUCAUCGCCGCAGUGCCGGAAGACGCCUCAGCAUUGGACCCCAGGCAAGCCAACGUCAGUCCAGAAGUGCAGGCGAAUGUUCCCGAGUGGCUGCUGUUCGGCUAUGCCACUGGUGUCAUCCGCAAAGGAUACGUCGCCGAGAGCAUGGACGUCUGGGAUCUUCCUAUACUGCCCGCCACUUUGCGCAAGUCCAUUCCUUGUGCCCUUGUUCAAUUCCAGCGAAUAAAAAAAGCAUACGGCAACCGCAAAGAACGUCUCGGUAGGAUGGAAGGGUUCAACUUGCUCCUGGUUCUCGCCAAAGUCAAUAUAGGUCUUCUCGUCGCUCAAACCGUCUUGGCCACGGCAACCGCGUUUGGCUAUUACCUCCCCCACUACCUUCUCAAGCUCUUCAUUAAUUUCUUGGAGAACGAUCCAACCCGCUCUGAACCGGCCUGGGGGUGGCUCCUCUGUUUCGGCCUCUUCACCUCCAACGCCCUGAUUUUUAUCGCUUCUGGUGUGACCUGGUCCAUCUGUACCACCUAUCUCCAGGGCAAAAUCAGGCUGCAGCUCAAUACUAUGCUCUUCAAGAAAACCUUGUUGAAAAAGGAUAUCGCCGGAAAGGGCAGUGACAAGGACCAAGUGGGAGGUGUCGCGGAUGAGGCUGCCAAAGACAAGCAAAGGAGCGCUCAAGGCGAAAAAGAAGACGGUGACGAAGAUGAAGAAGGGGUUAGCUCAAAGACACAGAUCAUGUCAUUAUUCACGAUCGACGUGGACAGGGUCACCGAAUUUGUGUUUCAUUUGUUUGCCGUCAUCGAUGCUCCUCUGGAGAUAAUUGUGGCGAGUAUCUUUGUUUUCAAAUUGCUUGGCAUUUCCGCCAUGUACGGUCUUUUGACUGCUGUUUUAUCCCUGCCCCUCAACCACUUUGCGUCCAAAAUUGUCGUGCGGGCGCAAGAAAAUUUGAUGAAGAACCGGGACCAGCGGACAGCUCUCAUGAAUGAGAUCCUACAAGGCAUACGCAUGCUCAAGUUUAUGGCUUGGGAACGAUCUUUCGAAACUCGUGUACAGUCUAUUCGAACCAACGAGCUUUCUUGGCAAGCCAGAAAUUAUCAAAUCGAAGUCGCAUUCAAUUGCAUCUGGGCAUUGACUCCUGUCAUGGUGACUGUGGUGUCUUUCUUGCAUUACACUCUUGUGCGGGGCCAAACUCUUACACCUUCGGUUGCAUUCACCUCGGUUGCAGUAUUUGCUGAACUCCGAUACGCCCUCAACGCCAUCCCUGAAACGUUCAUUCAGGCCCUUCAAGGUUUCGUUUCCUGUCGCCGAAUUGAGAGAUAUCUGUCCCUAGCCGAAGUUCCCACUCCUCAGGACAAUGACGGCCAGGGCGACAUCAUUCUGUCCUCGGCCACCUUCACUUGGCCUCAGGAUGAUUCCGCUGCAUCAGCCAAGCCCGAUACUCAAGUGUUUCACUCGGCAGCCCCCACGCCCAAGGAUGCUUUCACUCUGGCGAAUCUCAACCUGCAGUUUCCCAAUGGCAAAUUGACAUUGAUCUGCGGUAAACUUGGCUCCGGUAAAACUCUUCUUUUGUCUGGAUUGUUGGGCGAGGCAGAUCUCGUCACUGGCAACAUGGUCUGCCCUCGCUCUCCGCCUGACGCUAUGCAAGAUGCGGCAGGGUGGACCGGCGCUGAUAAUUGGAUUGUCCCCAAACUGGUCGGAUACGUACCUCAACAGGCUUGGUUGCAAAACCAGAGUAUCAAGGAGAAUAUCAUCUUUUCCUCCCCUUGGGAUGCUGAGCGAUAUCAGCAAGUCCUCGAGGCUUGCUCAUUGACAACGGAUCUGGAAAUCUUGGAAGACGGCGAUGAAACGGAGAUUGGAGAAAAGGGCCUCAACUUGAGUGGCGGCCAGAAAGCCAGAGUGUCUCUUGCCAGAGCGAUCUACAGCCGUGCUGGCGUCCUUCUUCUCGAUGAUGUUCUGAGUGCUGUUGAUGCCCACACUGCCCACACUAUAAUGCACAACUGCCUUCAAGGGCCUCUUGUCGAAGGUCGUACCAUUGUUGUUGUCUCACACCACGUCGCCCUCGUCUCCCCUGGUGCUGCCUAUAUUGUUGCCCUUGAGAAUGGCGAUGUCAAAUUCUCAGGGUCCAGGGACGAAUUCGUCGCCACUGGUCUUUUGGAGGAACUGGAAGAGGAAGAUGCCCAAGCCAAAUCCACUGAAGCGGAGCAGCAAGAGCGAUCCACCGUUGAAGAGGCUGCCCUGAAACCCGCUCACAAAAGCGUUGUCAGUCUUUCCGGCACGGGCUACCCUUCAGAACCCACUUCCGAGACCAGUUCUCUCGCUCCCGAGGAUGAAGCGACUUUGGUCGGUUCGGCUCAAGAGACUAAAUCCAAGCCCCCUCGAAAACUUAUCGAAGAUGAGAAACGGGCGCGAGGACGGAUCGCGGCGGAUGUGUGGAAGACGUAUUUCCAGGCUCUGGGUGGACCUUGGUGGUGGGCUUUCUUCUUGCUUUCUCUAGCCAUGGCUAUGGUUGUCCCAGUCUGUGAGAAGGGCUGGUUAGAGUACUGGACCGGAUCUGAUCCUUCCAAUGGUGGCCACACCAGUCGGUACUAUGUCAUGGGCUAUUCCAUUAUCACCAUCGUCGGUGUAUUUGCCGCCAACAUUCAGUACGCCAUCAUCUACUAUGGCUCUUUACAGGCAAGCAGAAAGUUACAUAACUCCAUGCUUGAAUCUGUACUCUUCUCCACUCUCCGCUUCCACGACACAACCAGCCGCGGUCGACUUCUGAACCGAUUCGGCAAAGAUAUCGAAGGCCUCGACAGCUCAACGGCGGACAACUUUGUUCGAAGUGUUGCGUAUGGUCUGAACGUUGUCAUCACCUUCAUUUCCAUCACAUGGGUCGGGGGUAUACCUUUUGUACUGGCCGGAUGCGUGGUUCUGAUCGUCUACUAUCAAGCCGGUUCAAUCUAUGGGCAAACAUCUCGUGAUAUGCGUAGGCUCGAUUCGGUCACUCGCUCUCCGCUCUAUUCUCUCUUUGGUGAAACUGUCUCUGGAGUUGCCGUGCUUAGAGCAUUUGGCGGUAGCACCCUCGCUUUGCACAACAUGAUGAAGCUUGCGGACACGAAUUUGCUUGCCUUUGCUUGGUCUUGGACCGUGAACCGAUGGCUUUCAGCACGUUUCAAUUUGCUUAGUGCCGUGAUGGUUGGAUUGACUGCGGUUGCCAUCUUGAUAGCUCCCAGUGUCAAUGCGGCCAUGGCCGGUUUCGCGCUAUCUUUCGCGGGCACCAUCUGCCAUGACUUGCUCUUUGUGGUCAGACGUUUUGUUCAGUUGGAGCAGAGUAUGGUUGCAAUCGAGCGGCUGAAGGAGUUCACGGAGUUGAAGCGCGAAGCUGCCGAAUAUGUGGAGCCUAGGCCUGCCGCUUCUUGGCCCGAAAAUGGUGCCAUUCAGGUCGAGGACCUUGUGAUCAGAUAUGCACCUGACUUGCCUAGUGUCCUCCAUCGCAUCUCGUUCGAGAUUGCGCCCAGGGAGAAGGUCGGCAUUGUCGGUCCUACGGGCUGUGGCAAAUCCACUCUUGCUUUGAGCUUCUUCCGCUUCGUCGAGGCUUCCGAAGGUCGAAUCGUCAUAGAUCAGGCGGAUAUAUCCAAGAUUGGCUUGACGGACUUGCGCAGUCGCUUGACUAUCAUUCCUCAAGACCCGACAAUUCUCUCUGGAACCUUGCGCUCAACUCUCGAUGUCUUUGAAGAAUACGACGAUGUCGAAAUCUAUUCUGCUCUGAGGCGUGUUCAUCUUAUUAAAGAAGAAGAUACUACCGGAGAGGCUGAAGUCGGAGAUGUCGAUGAAGCGAGAAACAAGAACGUCUUCCGGGACCUAAACAAUCCCGUUUCGGAAGGUGGAGACAACUUCUCUAGUGGUGAAAAGCAGCUCAUCUGCAUGGCGCGAGCUAUCCUCAAGCGCAACAAGGUGAUUCUGAUGGAUGAAGCCACGGCUUCCAUUGAUUAUGAAACUGAUGCGCUGAUAUCCAAAACAAUCCGUGAAGAAUUUUCGGAUUCCACCAUCCUUACGAUCGCUCAUCGCAUCCAUACGAUUAUCGACUUCGAUAAAGUCAUUGUCAUGGACCGAGGCAACAUCGCCGAGUUUGCCAGCCCAGCUGAGUUGUUACGCGAUCACAAAUCCAAAUUCUACGCUCUAUGUAGAGCUACAGGUCGUACAGAAUUCAAGAAUUUGACGGCUUUGGCCGCAGACGCAGAGAGGAAGCGAAAGGUUGCUGCGUAG